AUGGAGGAACGAAAAAACGCGUGGGGUAAAAGCGAGGAGGCCGAGCGCGACACCGAGCCGGUGGUGAGCUUCGUCGAUUUGAUGAGCGAAGAUCUCGCUGAGAGUCUGAACCACGAGGAGAAGCUCGAAGAGGAGCGCUACUUGAGGAAUCUCGAGAAGGCGCUCAACGCAUCGGCCAUCGACGCGAUGCUGCCGUCAACCGACGGCAUGACCGACGAGGAGAUCGCAAUUGCGCUUCAGCGUCAAUUCGACCGCGAGGCCGAUGUGGCGCGCGCCGUCGCUUCAUCGUCGACGGUGAUCUUCUCGCCGGAGCGCUAUCAUCCGAAAACCGCGCAGGAGACGGACGAGUCGGAAGAAGAGGACGACGACGAGUUGCGUCAGAUUGCCACCGACAUGCUCUACGUGAAGCUCGACACCGCCGCCGAGACGGCGUCAAACUUGACGGCCAGCGGACGCCGAAACGCCGAUAAAACGCUGAACGACCGCAUGACAGUGUCGACGGGCGAUAUGGCGAGUGGCAAAAUUAGCGAUCGAGUGUACAACUCGCUGGUCGCGUUCGGCAAAUCGGACGCGAAACGCCAAUUGCGAAUGAAGGACAAAGAGGAGAAGGCGACGAUGGACACGUCGGUGGACGCGAACACGCGAAUCGCGCUGCUCAAAUGGAUCAAUCAGGGCGUGUUCGAUUCGGUCGAGGGCGUCAUCGCGACCGGCAAAGAGUCGGCGGUGCUUCAUGCGAAGCAACUCGACGCCGACACGAGUUUCGCGAUCAAAGUCUACAAGACGACGCUGUCGGAAUUCAAAAAUCGCGGCGAGUACGUCAAAGACGAUUUUCGCUUCAAAAACCCGCGUGGCGUUCUGAAAAUUUGGGCCGAACGCGAGUUUAUGAAUUUGUCGCGAAUGACGAAAUGCAAUUUGCCGUGUCCGGCGCCGAUCAAACUCAAAAAGAAUUUGCUGGUGAUGUCGUUGAUCGGCGACAGCGGUUUGGCGGCGCCGCGCCUCAAAAACGUCGAAUGGGAAUUCUAUACGGAUGACGAACGGCGAGCCGUCUAUGAUCAAGUCGAGAGUAUCAUGUGCCGAAUGUACAAAGAAUGUCUACUUGUUCACGCCGAUUUGAGCGAAUUCAACCUGCUUCUAGAUUCUUCCAACAAAGUUUUUGUCAUCGACGUCUCACAGGCGAUGGACCUUUCGCAUCCGCGAAAUCUCCAAUUCCUGACGCGCGACAUUCACAACGUUUUGGCAUUUUUCAAUCGCAUCGAGACGCCGUCGCUACCAAGCGCCGUUCAGCUGUUCAAUUUGAUCACCGAUUUGAAUAUGAGCGAGAGCGAUGAUCUGAAUGUGCAAGUCGAGCAGUUCUCCGAGGAGAAUCGCGCCGCGCAUCUACGACACGACAAAUCGCGUCCGGCCGAUUUCGAAUUGAAGACGUAUCAAGAAGAGAAGAAGCUGAAUCGCGGAAUCUCGCCCGCGCGCGACUAUAAUUAA